GAAUGCGCAAAAUGGCAGCUUAGAGACUCUAUGGGAUGUUGCAGCUUCUUCAGCCCAGCCUUCCCUUCAGUUUCUCCGGUACUGAAGCAUUGAUGGCUGACUUUCAGUCCUGGAAUGUGGGAUGACUGGUUGUGUUUGUUGAAAGACAGAGAGCCCGAGAGAGACAGAGGGGGAUGGUUUAGAAAGAAGAAGAAAAAGAGGACUAAAAGUGCAGAGCGAGCAGGGAGUCUGGCUGUGUUUCUGAACCCCGACACUCAGAUCUGAGCGCGGCGUAUUAAUCACCAAUGUAAACACUGUACAGAAGAUCUGCCAUGUUUUCUUUCCAAUAUCUCAACCCAAUGGCCCUGACCAGACACAACCUCUCACCCUCAGCUUAUGCGAUGGCCGUUCAGCUUAACCAUGACCAGGCCACAGGAAGAUUCCUUUUCACCUCAACCCUCUCAGAUCUACACGCGUGUCUGUGAUGAAAGGCUCAGAAGGGUUGUCCUCUGGACGGGGACCAGAGUCUGUGAUAUUUCCCCACCUUGGAUCAUCGGCGCCUGAUGCAGUUUCUGUUCUGUUUGUGUUCUCAGAAUGUCGGCCAGGGUUCUUCAAAGCCUUGGCGUCCAGCAGGGAGUGCGAGGUGUGUCCUGCCAACACCCAGCUGCUUAGCUCCGGAGCACUGCUCUGCGCCUGUAUGGAGAGCUUCUUCCGAGCUCCAGACGACCCCCCUACAGGCCCCUGCUCAGGCCCGCCUUCGGAGCCUCGUGACCUGGUUGCCACGACCACUCAGCUGGCGGCGGGCCGGCUGCUUCUCACCUGGACCGCGCCUCUGGACACGGGCGGGCGCAGUGACAUCACCUACAGCGUGGAGUGUCGCCGGUGCGACGGCGCCGCCUGCCAGCCUUGCGGGGAGAAGGUCCGCUUCGAUCCGGCCAGCGGAGGCCUAACGGACACCCAGGUGUCGUUGAGCGACCUGGAGCCCCACCUCAACUACACCUUCACCGUGGAGGCCCACAGCGGCGUGUCUCAGUUCGCCAGCCAGGCCACGCCACGCAUGGGCAACCGGCCUUACACCAGCACCCUUACCACCGCCCUGGACUACACAGAGCCCCCCAAGGUGACCUCCAUGCGUUUGGAUGAGCGGACCUCCACCAGCUUGUCUGUCUCCUGGAUGGUGGCCUCCCGCAGGGCUCAGCCCCGGCCCAUCCAAUACGAACUCAUCUACCGCAAGAAGGAUGACAACGUGAACAUGUACACAGUGUUGGUCCUGGACAAGAGCUCAGCCCAGAUCAUUGACCUUGCCCCAGGCACGGCCUACCUCUUCAAGGUGCAGCCCCUCACCCUUGAGGGCGUUCCCUGGGGCUCAGGCAUGGAGGACGAGUUUGAGACGAUGUCUGAACCCUCUUCGGCCCAGAACAACACAGCGGUGAUCUUCGGCGCAGCGGCAAUCGUAGCAGCCGUGUUGUUUAUCGUGGUGGUAGUCCUGCUCGUACGUAAACGGAGAAGGAACUCUCAUGCAAGACAAGGACCAGAAGACACAUAUUUUUCCAGCUCAGAGCAACUUAAGCCGUUGAAGACCUAUGUGGAUCCACACACUUACGAGGACCCCAACACGGCCGUCCUCAAGUUUGCCAGUGAGAUUCAUCCAAACCAUGUAACCAAGCAGAAAGUCAUUGGAGCUGGGGAGUUUGGAGAGGUGUACCGUGGUAUUCUGAAGCCUCCGGGCAGGAAGGAGGUGGCGGUGGCCAUCAAGACCCUGAAGCCCGGCUACUCAGAGAAGCAAAGACAGGACUUCCUGAGUGAGGCCAGCAUCAUGGGACAGUUCUCUCACCAGAACAUCAUCCACCUAGAGGGGGUUGUCACCAAAUUCAAGCAUGCCAUGAUCAUCACCGAGUAUAUGGAGAAUGGAGCUCUGGAUAAGUACCUGAAGGACCACGACGGUGAGAUGUCGUCCUUCCAGCUGGUGGGCAUGCUGCGGGGCAUCGCGGCCGGUAUGAAGUACCUGUCAGACAUGAGCUAUGUCCACAGAGACUUGGCUGCUCGCAACAUCCUGGUGAACAACAGCCUUGAGUGCAAGGUGUCCGACUUUGGGCUGUCCCGCGUGCUCGAAGAUGACCCCGAGGGCACCUACACCACCAGUGGCGGUAAGAUCCCCAUUCGCUGGACAGCUCCAGAGGCCAUUGCCUACAGGAAGUUCACCUCUGCCAGUGAUGUGUGGAGUUUUGGCAUCGUUAUGUGGGAGGUCAUGGCCUUUGGGGAGAGGCCCUACUGGGACAUGAGUAACCAUGAGGUGAUGAAGGCCAUCAACGAGGCGUUCAGACUGCCGGCGCCCAUGGACUGUCCGUCGGCAGUGUACCAGCUGAUGCUCCAGUGCUGGCUGCAGGACCGCUCCAAGAGACCGCGCUUCCCAGACAUCGUCAGCCUGCUGGACAAGCUGCUUCGGAGCCCUGACUCCCUGAAGGCCAUCGCGGACUUUGACCCACGGGUGUCCAUUCGCCUGCCUAGCACCAGUGGUUCGGACGGCUCCCCCUUCAGGUCGGUGUCAGAAUGGCUGGAAUCCAUUAAGAUGAACCAGUACAGCGAGAACUUCUCCUGUGCUGGCGUAGUCACCAUGGAUCAGGUGCUGCAUAUGAAAAACGAGGAUAUCAAGAACAUUGGCGUGAGACUGCCCGGCCAUUUGAAAAGGAUCGCCUACAGCAUCUUGGGCCUGAAAGACCAGACCAGCACCCUGAGUGUUUUUGCUGUGUGACCUGAUCCCACUGUCAAAGGAAUUUGAAUCGGACACUGAAAUGGGCAGCCCUCAGACUGAACUUUAAACUAAGCUGAGCUGGAUGAAGCUGCGGGGACGGCUUUGGACCGGCAAAGCCUGACGUUCAUGACCAGCCAAAAGAGACUGACUUGCUGUACUUGGAGAGUUGUACCAGAUUACAGAUUCUGUAUCAGAUAACAGAUUUGUAACAGUUCAAUUUAUCCAUACAAAAAAAAGACUGGGUAAAAAUACACAGUAACAGAUGGGCCAGUUAGCCUUUGUAGAUGAGAGUUAUAUAUAUUUUAUUAUCCAUGUCUUGUGUACACAUACAAGCCAUUUCUCAAGCUUUGAAUAUUUUCUUCUUUGCAUUCCAACUUUAACCCACACACAAUAUCAAGUGUUUGAAAGCGAUCGAGUCAACCAAGCGAAGCCUUUCCUGUUAAGGCUAGUGUGUUAAAUAAAAACGUUUCGGUUGUCUCUCGUAGCUGCAGGCCCCAUGAUUGCCAAAGAGAAAAGGACACGCAAUGACAUUGAUCUGUUCAAUCGAUGAGACUGUGUGGGGGGAAAAGUGGUCUGCUGUAGCAUUCUGAGCAUUCUGGGAAAAAAAGCCAGUGGUGGUAUUGUCUCACGAGAGUAGAGUAAUAACACCAUAGUCCACAUCGUCUCCUGCUAAACGAUGCACUCCAUACAGAGGACGGACUGAAACAUGCAUGUGCUGGCCAUAGAAGUUAACAAGUUGCAUAGGUUUGAUUUGAGAUCUCCAUAAAGUUGGAUGUUGUUGGCUGUUGCCAUGUCUACUACUGGCUUUAUUUCGAUUUUAAGCUAUGAUCUAAUUACGAGUUAAUAAAUGAGGUACUCAUGUUUAGUUUUUAGGUUUUGUUUUUGCUCUCACUGCUUGUUCAAAAACAUCACUUAUGUAGCACUUAUACCAGUUAGAAUCCAUUGUUCUUGGUUGGGUUUGAUAACAUUUGAUUAAUUUGUAAUUAUUUGUAUUCAUGUUUUAAGUUAAUGAGGAAACAGACAAAUGAAAUACUAUGCUUGAAUUGAAUAAAUAUAUCUGGAUUACCUUU